AGUUUGGAUGAAACCGUAGAGCUGACAGCUUUAACUUCUAUCGCACAAGGUGUUUUUUUUUCAGAUGAAAAUUUAUGUAAUUUGUGACUUUAUCAAAAAAUGUUGAACCUAUUGGCAAAUUGCACAAAAUAUGCGGGUUUAACGUUGGUGAUAAAUGUACUUCUGACGCAAGCUGCAAAUGCCAACGGGGAUUUGCAAUAAAUUGAAAUAUGGUUCAGUGCAAAAAUAUUAUAUGCCCAAGUUCGACAAGUUUUGUUGUCCGGGCUAUGAACAAAUUAACGACGAAUGCCUGCCCAGAUGUGAUCUGGGAUGUCCCCGAAAUAGUCACUGUGUGUCUCCCAAUAUCUGCGGCUGCGAUUUGGGCUAUGAGAUUGAUGAAAUAUACACCUAUUACGGGAGAGAGAUGAUCAAAAGCUGCCAAUUUGAACGUGGUGCAAUAUAUCUUAUUAUAAUUAUUUUGACUAUAACUGUGAGUGGUAUUGCACUUUGUUUUUACAUUAAGUGCUUUCGAGGAAAACAAAAAACUUCUAGUCCCUGCAUUGAAGACGGAGAAAAUAAGGAAACCUCGUUGGCAUUGGAAUAACUCAUGAAGCUCUGUUAUUAAAUAUUAUAUAUUUUAUUUAUAAAUAAAAACUACAAU